GGUGCGCGUGUCAGUUCAGUUCAAACUGUCAAAAAAAGAAUUUGAGGUUAGGAAAUAGGCUGGGAAUUUUAUAUCCGAAAUUAUAAUUUAUCUUUUGCGAGUGAACUGGAGAGUAAUUAAUAGUUAAUUUGGCACCAGCCAUGGCAGACUCUACUGGCGAGAAGUUGUCCAAGAAUGAAUUGAAAAGGAGGUUAAAAGCUGAGCAAAAGUUGAAGGAAAAGGCAGAAAAGGUGGCACAGCAGCCUGUUGUUACCGCAACAGCAGAAAAGAAAUCUUCCAAGCCAGAGGAAGAGAUAAGUCCAAAUGAAUAUUAUAAGUUAAGGACAACAGCUGUUGCAGCUCUCAAAAAUGGUGACAAAGAGGAUCAUCCUUAUCCACACAAGUUCACGGUUACGACUUCACUGGAAGAGUUUAUUGAGAAGUACAACAACCUUGCUAGUGGUGAGGUGUUAGAAAAUGUAACCCUCUCAGUUGCUGGUAGAGUUCACUCUAUCAGAGAAUCUGGAACUAAGCUAGUUUUUUAUGACUUAAGAGGAGAAGGUGUUAAAAUACAGGUGAUGGCUAAUGCAAAAUUGUAUGAAUCGGAAGAAAAGUUUGCAUCAGAUACUGAUAAACUGAGAAGAGGUGAUAUUAUUGGGUGUGUAGGACAUCCUGGAAAGACUAAGAAGGGGGAACUGUCAAUCAUUCCCAAGAAAAUACAGCUUCUGGCUCCAUGCUUGCACAUGCUGCCUCACUUACAUUUUGGUCUCAAGGACAAGGAAACACGAUUCAGGAAGAGAUACUUAGAUCUUAUCCUAAAUGAUAAAGUCAGACAAAUUUUCUAUACAAGAGCAAAAAUUAUUGCCUAUGUAAGACGGUUUCUAGAUAAUCUGGGUUUCUUGGAAAUUGAGACUCCAAUGAUGAACAUGAUUCCUGGGGGUGCUACAGCCAAACCCUUCAUCACUCAUCACAACGAUUUGAACAUGGAUCUGUAUAUGAGAAUAGCUCCAGAACUGUACCACAAAAUGCUAGUGGUUGGAGGCUUGGACAGAGUGUAUGAAAUCGGAAGGCAGUUCCGCAAUGAAGGCAUAGAUUUAACCCACAAUCCUGAGUUCACAACAUGUGAAUUUUAUAUGGCCUAUGCUGAUUACCAUGAUGUAAUGACCAUCACGGAAUCAAUGAUUUCAGGAAUGGUGAAGAGUAUUCAUGGAACUUACAAGAUUAAAUAUCAUCCUGAUGGCCCAGAAGGUGAGGAAGUAGAGAUUGACUUCACCCCUCCAUUUGCAAGAGUGCCAAUGAUUGCAACAAUAGAAAAGGUUUUAAAUGUGAAAUUGCCACCACCUGACCAGUUUCACUCUGCUGAAACCAAUGCACUGCUGAGCCAGCUGUGUGAGAAACAUGAGGUAGAAUGCCCACCACCAAGGACGACAGCAAGACUUCUUGAUAAACUGGUUGGUGAAUUCUUGGAGGAUAAAUGUAUAAAUCCUACAUUUAUUUUGGAUCAUCCACAAAUCAUGAGUCCCUUGUCUAAAUACCAUAGGGAUAUUCCAGGUCUAACUGAAAGGUUUGAAUUGUUUGUGAUGAAAAAAGAAAUAUGCAAUGCAUACACAGAGUUAAAUGAUCCAGCUACUCAGAGGGAGCGGUUUGAGCAGCAAGCCAAGGACCGUGCAGCUGGUGAUGAUGAGGCUCCUCCAACUGAUGAAGGUUUUUGUACGGCUCUCGAAUAUGGGCUGCCACCAACUGGAGGCUGGGGCUUAGGAAUUGACAGACUGACUAUGUUCCUUACUGACUCAAACAACAUCAAGGAAGUAUUGCUGUUCCCGGCCAUGAAGCCAGAUGACCCUAAUAAAAACAACACUGAAGAGGAAAAGGCAACUGAAUCAACAUCACUACCAAAUGGAAAAUAAUCACCAGUUAUUAAGAAUACAGUUUAUUGUUUGUUUACUUUGUUCCAAGCUAUUUACUAUACCGUAACAAUGUUUUGUCUGUUUACUAACCCUUAUUUGCUUACAAAUAAAUUAUCAAACUUCUUAGAAAAAUGA